GCGUGUCAGGUUACAGAAUUUCAUCAAAAUGAAGAACAAUAAGUUGGAUAUAAUAAUAUUUGGUGCUACUGGAUUUACUGGACAAUAUGUUGUUAAAGAAGCAGCACGUUUGGCUAAAGAAACAGAAUUUAAUUUUGGCGUAGCUGGACGUAGAAAAGAGGCAUUAGAAUCUACUGUUAAAGCGUGUGCACCGGAUAUUGAAAACGUUCCCAUUAUUAUUGCGGAUAUAAAGGAUGAAGAAUCUCUUAAGAAAAUGGUAGAAAAGGCAAAAGUGCUUGUAAAUUGUUGCGGUCCAUAUGUACAUUAUGGCGAACCUGUUAUUAAAGCUUGUAUAGCUGCCAAAAUUCAUUAUGUUGAUAUUACUGGAGAACCUCUGUUCAUAGAAGAAAUGCAGUUGAAGUAUAACGAAGCGGCACAAAAUGCUGGUAUCUAUAUUGUAAAUGCUUGCGGUUUUGAUAGCAUUCCUUCAGAUCUUGGCAUGGUUUUUACACAACAAAAGUUUGGUGGGGAAGUUAAUAGUACCGAAGUAUACUUUAAUUACUUGAGUUCGAACAAUUAUAACAAACCUGUAGCAAACUUUACGACCUUGGAAAGUUUUAUUUAUGGAUUCAAUCAAAAGGAAAAAUUACAUGAUAUUCGUAAAAAAAUAUUUUCUAAGAAAUUACCAGAAUUGAAGCCCAAAUUAAAAUUUAAAGGGCUUCCACAUAAAUGUGCUUUUACAAAUGAAUGGUCCGUACCAUUUCCAUCUACAGAUCGUUCAAUAAUCUAUCGUUCACAAAGAUAUUUCUUUGAAAAAUAUAACCAGAGACCUAUUCAGGCUGAAGUAUAUAUUGGAUUCCCAUCUCUAUUUUAUAUAUUUAUGCUGAGUUUUAUGAUUAUAUUUUAUUUUCUUAUGAAAUUUUCAUAUGGAUGCAGUUUAAUAUUAAAGUAUCCCAAACUAUUUACUUGUGGAUUCAUAAGUCAUGAAGAACCAACCGAAAAAACAUUAAAUGAAUUAAAACUAUCUUUCACUUUCUUAGCACGUGGUUGGACUGAAAAAUUAAGUGAACCUUCUGAUGUUCAUUCUGAUCCUCCAAAUAAGGAGAUGGUUACAAAAGUUACUGGUGUUAAUCCUUACACUAUUACUAGUGUUGCUGUAAUGUUAUGUGCUCUUAUCAUUUUGAAGGAAUCUGAUAAAAUGCCUGAAGGUGGAGGUAUCUUUACUACUGCUGCCGCAUUUAGUAAGACUUCUCUUAUCGAUGAAUUAAGCAAAAAAUGUCUUAAAUUUGAAGUUAUUUCAUCCAUUGAAAAAGAACGUAUUAUAAAAUUAUCUCUUGGUUUUCUUUUUCUUUUUUUUCUUUAUCUCUCUUAUAGAUUUUCAACUAUUGAAAAUAUGGAGAACAUUAAAAUUCAAAGAGACGACGAAAGUUAUGCUGUUAAACGGAAGGACAAGAACAUGACGAAUGAAAAUUCAACCAGCAAGAACAUUCGUCCCAACUCUAAAGAAGAAAAUAAAGGAACGAUCAUGAAUGGACUAUCUAAACAAUGUAUCACCGAUGAGAAGUCGAUUAAAUUGAAGAAACCCCAUCCACUGAGGUCUAUUUCUUGGAAUAAAAAUAUCGAGGAAGGAGAUUUAGAUGUUCCUGGAACGCCAAGAACACCUCGAACCUCGACAACGCCAGGUCACGAAAACUGUACCUUCCAUCAUGAUUUAGAAUUGGAUCAUAGACCACCUACGCGGGAAGCUUUGCUACCAGAAAUGUCAAGGAGUUACAAAUUACUUCUAAGUUCACUUGGCGAGGAUCCUGAUCGGCAAGGACUUUUAAAGACACCGGAAAGAGCAGCCAAGGCGAUGCUUUUUUUUACCAAAGGAUAUGAUCAGUCUCUCGACGAUGUCAUUAACGAUGCCGUAUUUGACGAAGAUCACGACGAGAUGGUGGUAGUCAAGGAUAUAGAAAUGUUCUCUAUGUGUGAACAUCAUUUGGUACCCUUCUAUGGAAAAGUAUCCAUCGGUUAUCUACCCUGUAAGAAGAUACUUGGUCUCAGCAAAUUAGCGAGAAUCGUAGAGAUCUUCAGCAGGCGUCUUCAAGUUCAGGAACGUUUAACAAAACAAAUUGCAAUAGCAGUUACGAAAGCUGUGGAACCCGCGGGAGUGGCCGUUGUGAUCGAAGGAGUACAUAUGUGUAUGGUAAUGAGAGGAGUACAGAAAAUCAAUAGCAAGACCGUUACUUCAACGAUGCUCGGCGUUUUCCGUGACGAUCCAAAGACUCGUGAGGAAUUUCUCAACCUUGUCCAUUGCAAAUAAACGAUAAUAUCUUUAGGGAAUUCUUAUUCGGCGUUCCUUCAUCAUCAUUUAUAUAUAUAUAUAUAUAUCGGUCUUCCUAUUUGUGUGCUGUCGUAGUAUUUUUUUUUUAUUUUCUUUUUAAUAUCUUCUUUGCUAAUCUUAAACUCUCCUUCCGAAGUUUCUUCGCGAUAUUCAAUCGAAACGUUUGCGAAUAAUGAUCUAUAUAAAGAUCUAUAUAUAACUAGAUCUUCCAAAGUGAAAUAUUAUUCUCAAUAUUUAAACGGAGAUGUACAUAUAAGGAAAAAAGAAAAAGAAAAAAAAAGAAAGAUGAUAUUCAUAUGUUUAUAAAAAAAAAAAAAAAAAAAAAUGUCGGUUUCCUCUUCUCUCAAUGAAAUUCCUUUGAGAGUUCGAGACUUCGAGAAUUCGCGAGUUUAAAACCCAAGGUGUUCGAAAAAAAGAAACAAAAAAAAAAUAAGGAAAAACAAAAAAGCCAAUAUGAUGUUUGUAAUAACAUUUGCAAUCGAUCGAAUAAGAGAAACACUGAUAUUUAAUAAGGAAGUCUAUUUUCUUUUAGUCGUUCGAAUUUGCAAAUGAUUAAUGUAUGAACGAAUGAGAGAGAGAGAGAGAGAGAGAGAGAGAGAGAGAGAGAGAGAAAUUUUAAUCGAAAUCGAAUAAUAAGCAGAACUAAUAAUACAUAGAUUGAUAUAUUAGUAACAACAAUGUGCUGCUGGUACAGCGAAUUUUUCUUCGACGUUUUAUAGUUAUUUUAUAUAUCAUUGAUUUGUCAGUUCCUUUUUUCUUUUUUGUUUUUUAAUUUAAUUUUAUUCUUUUUUUUUUUUUAUUUAAUAAUAAUAAUAAUAAUAUCAACGAUUUGCGUAUUCGACAUAAUUUGCGUUGCUUUCACGUGUUGUUUUUAUUUUCUCAAUUAAACAACUGUCAUUGAUAAGGAAA